UCCCGCGCCCCCGCGCCCGUCCCCACCUCCGCUGCCGCCGGUCACCAUGGACCGAAUGAAAAAGAUCAAGCGGCAGCUUUCCAUGACGCUCCGGGGAAGCCGGCCUCCGGAGAAGAGCAGCGGCUCUGAGCAGAUCAACAUCGAAGACAGUAACUGCAGUGACAACGGCCCUAGCCCUGGUGGGAGGAAGGGCGCCUUGCCCUCAUCCCACAGCCUGAUACCCACGGUUCGCCUGCCCCCCCGAGCCUCCAGGAGCCUGCCCGCCCUGGGCCCAACCCCCCGGGCACCCCAGCAGCCUCCACCGCCACCGGCCCGCCGGCCCCGGGCCACUCGCAGUCUCAGCUCCCCACUGGACCAUGGCACCAGACUAGAGAUUGUGCACGAAGACCUGAAGAUCGGUUCAGAUGGGGAGAGUGACCAGGCCUCCGCCACAUCCUCUGAUGAGGUGCAGUCACCUGUGAAGGUCCGAAUGCGAAACCAUCCAGCCCGCAAGAUCUCUACUGAGGACAUCAACAAACGACUCUCCCUACCUGCUGACAUCCGGCUGCCCGAGGGCUAUCUGGAGAAGCUGACCCUCAAUAGCCCGCUCUUUGACAAGCCCCUGAGCCGGCGCCUCCGCCGGGUCUCCCUGUCUGAAAUUGGCUUUGGCAAGCUGGAGACGUACAUGAAGCUGGACAAACUGGGGGAGGGUACCUAUGCCACUGUAUAUAAGGGGAAGAGCAAGUUGACAGACAACCUGGUGGCCCUGAAAGAGAUCCGGCUGGAGCAUGAGGAGGGUGCCCCCUGCACCGCCAUUCGAGAAGUGUCGCUGCUGAAGGACCUGAAACACGCCAAUAUCGUCACCCUACAUGACAUCAUUCACACAGACAAAUCCCUGACUCUGGUCUUUGAGUAUCUGGACAAGGACCUGAAGCAGUACCUGGAAGACUGUGGGAAUAUCAUCAACAUGCAUAACGUCAAGCUCUUCUUGUUUCAGCUGCUUCGGGGCCUGGCCUACUGUCACCGGCAGAAGGUGCUACACCGUGACCUCAAACCGCAGAACCUGCUGAUCAAUGAGCGUGGGGAGCUCAAGCUGGCCGACUUUGGCCUGGCCAGGGCCAAGUCUAUCCCAACCAAAACAUACUCCAACGAGGUGGUGACGCUGUGGUACCGGCCUCCAGACAUUCUGCUGGGCUCCACAGACUACUCCACCCAGAUCGAUAUGUGGGGCGUGGGCUGCAUUUUCUACGAGAUGGCCACAGGCAGGCCCCUCUUCCCUGGCUCCACAGUGGAGGAGCAGCUGCAUUUCAUCUUUCGGAUUCUGGGGACCCCCACUGAAGAGACUUGGCCAGGAAUCUCAUCCAACGAGGAGUUCAAGAAUUACGACUACCCCAAGUACCGGGCCGAGGCGCUGCUGAGCCACGCACCCCGGCUGGACACUGAUGGGGCGGACCUCUUGGCCAGACUACUGCAAUUUGAGGGACGGAAUCGGAUCUCUGCAGAUGAUGCCAUGAGACACCCCUUCUUCCAGAGCUUGGGGUCAAGAAUCCAUAAACUCCCUGACACUACUUCCAUAUUUGCACUAAAGGAGAUCCAGUUACAGAAGGAGACGGGCCUUCGCUCAGCCUCCCUCACAGACUCGGGUGGGUGUGGCCCCCACCCUCUGGGCCCCUCCGGCUGUGGGCCGGCUGGCUCUUCCCAAUAGCUCUCUGCUUCCCCCCACAGGCAGGCCAGCCUUCCGGGUGGUGGACACCGACUUCUAGGUCCUGGGGGCAGCUGGCUUUGAGAAGGUGCUGGUGACUGGCUGGAGGUCGAGGCCUCUGAAGGCCCACCCAGGCCGCUGGGAGGAGGGCUGCUGUGGAGCCAGUCUUGCUCUCUGCCUACCCCACCCUACCCCACCCCAGCAGUUUGUACCUCGCCGCAGCCUCCACGCCCCUCCACUAACCUGCCUGCUCCUGGCUCAGCUGCCUCUCUCGCCCCAUUCCCCCCCAUUCUCCUACAACUGACUUUUGUGGAAGGGUGCUAACAAAGCUCUUCCCUCCCUCUGC